GGCAAAUGGAGAUUGGAGGCAGAUUACAGCUUUUGCAAAACAGCAGAUUAUUUGAAUUUCAGAUGUCACGGUGGUCGUCGCUGUAGGCUACAGGACCGGCGGAGACGGGAGCAGUCGCGGGAGGUAGAUCGGCCGGAACGACCGGAUUGAGCGGUUGGAUCGCUGGAUCUUCACAAAAAAUGCCGGCGUUUUUCUCCAGGAACGGCGGUAGACUCUGUCAAGGUGAGGGGCGAUGGCACUGAUCCAACGACGAGUCCGCUUCUGGUUUAAAUUCGGAGCACGGUGGUCGGUCCCUUCGCCAGUGACAAAGAUGGAGAACAGUGAAGAACGCCAGCAGCGAGCAGAGGGGAAUCUUCCCAGAUCCUGGGUCCUCUCUGCCUGCGGCCGUUCAUCUCCGUCGUCUAUCAGAGCGCGCCCCCCCUCCUUCCAAUUUCUCCAGCGACUCCUCCGAUCGCAGAGAUAUUUCAAAUUGCAGUUCUCCUACAUGGCUUCCUUUCGAGCAUUCUUGAACAGUCCAGUUGGCCCUAAAACAACCCACUUUUGGGGUCCUAUUGCUAACUGGGGAUUUGUAGUUGCUGGGCUGGCGGACAUGAAGAAACCACCUGAGAUGAUAUCUGGCAACAUGACCGGAGUAAUGUGCAUAUAUUCUGCAUUAUUCAUGAGGUUUGCAUGGAUGGUUCAGCCUCGCAACUAUCUGCUUUUGGUGUGCCAUGCCUCAAAUGAGACAGUGCAGCUCUAUCAAUUCUCUCGGUGGGCCAGGGCUAAUGGGUACUUGGGGCAGAAGAAGGAAGAAACUGAAACUGCAUCCGAGUAACGGCUAUCUUUUCCAUUUUUUUAGGUUGGUGAUUUUGCGGCAGUUCCUGAAGGGGGGAACAUCUUUUCAAUGUGAAAUAAGUAUUUCGUGUGUCUUUAGGAUACUGCAGAACCAUGGAAAUCACUUCAAGCAUAUCACCACAUUCUCACCAUGUACCUGACUGGCCUUGUUAUCAUUGUAUCGCCAAAUAAAGCAUUCCAAGAAAUUUAAGCUUUUCUUUCCAUCAGAACAACAUUCUUGGAGCUCUGUAGUUUCAAUUGAUGCUAUGAAUGAGUUUGGUAUGGUUCAAGAGUU